AUGGACUCCUCGUCACUGCGCCUGUCUGGACGAGGAGGAGGCCAGCAUCAUCUGCACAACCGCAGCGGCGGCGGAGGCCCGAACGGCGGCGCCACUACGCGCGCAUCGCAUUCGCCCCUGUGGAUUCCGCCCCCCGUGCCCGGCGGCCCUCCAGUCCUGGUGGACACCGUGUCCGUGGGCGGGCACGCUGCCUACGGCGGGGGCCACGGCGGCAUGUCCUACGCUGGCGGGCCUGCUGGAGCCUACGCUCAUGCCGCGGCCGCCGCUGCUGCCGCUGCCGCCGCGGCUGCCGGACUCGACCGACCGUCGUGGUUCGAGAUGCGUGCCGUCACGGAGAGCCACGUCAACCACAUCGUACCAGUCACUGCCGUGCUGGCCGACCCUGCCGAGGAGCUCAUCUGGUCUGGCCUCGACAAUGGACGCCUGAUUUCGUACAUGAGCCCGGGCAUGGACCACUACUCCUCGUUCCAAGCCCACAAGUCGGCGGUUCGGCAGCUGCACGCCGACCAGGCGGGCAUCCUCUCCAUCUCCUCCGACACCAUUCGGCAUCACACGCGCGGUGGCCUGCUCAACUUCUCCUACAGGCACGCCACGCAGCUCCUCUUGUGGCAACCACAUGCCUCUUUGAUGCUGCUGGGCGGAGAUCUGGCCGCACUCCAGCUCUUUGACCUGUCGCGCUCGCAGGUCGUGAAAGAGAUCGACAUCGGCACCGCGGUCACUUGUAUGCAGCGGUCCCGGCUCAUCUGCUGCGGUGGCAGCAAUGGCCAAGUGUCCAUGCUCGAUCCUCGCACUUACAGGGUGGAGAACACUGUGGAUUGCCAUUCGGCGGGGAUCAUGGACCUCGACAUCAAGGCCGACCUGCUCGUCACAUGCGGCCUCUCCAAAACGCACUCCCGAAUGGGCCAGACCUAUGGGCCCAUGCUGGACCCCAUGGUCAAGGUCUACGACGUGCGCACAAUGCGGCCGCUGGCGCCCAUCGCCUUCCCGCCAGGAGCCUUCCUGCUCAAGUUCCACCCCAAGUUCUCGUCGAGCCUGUUCAUCGUGUCCCAGAAUGGGCAGAUACAAAUCUGCGAGGCGCAGGGCGACCCCACCAGCCUGCAGAUGUACCAGGCCGACUGUGGCGGAGACCUGGUGACGUCAUUCGAUAUCGCCAGCACGGGAGAGUGCCUCAUUUUUGCCGACAGUGGAGGAUAUGUACAUCAGUGGGCCGACAGAGAAGAAGUGCAGAUCAACCAAUUCUCGCUGCCCACUCCCCUCCCCGACAAGCCCUACCGCCCCGCCCCAAAAGCCUACGACGACUCGGGUUCUCUGGCCAUGUACAUACUGCCCCAGACGGAGGAGCCCUUACUGUCGUCGUGGCCCUUGGCCAUGACCUGCGCCGUACCGCGAAAGCCUGCCCCAAUACCGCCGCAGAUCAUCAAUAACCUCAAACCGAUGGGCAAGUGGCUCGCUGCCCCCAAUGUAGGGCUCAAGCGGAAUGCACUCGUCACCGCUGUUGAGCCGCCACGACACAAACGAACACUUCGGAUUGAUUCGAAUAAGCCACCAAUCAUUCCACCGAAGCACUACCGACAGAUGGCGAUCAAGUACUCCAAAAUGGGUGUACAGGAUUUCAAUUUUGGAUAUUACAACCGCACCAAGUUCGGCGGUUUGGAAAACUUGCACUCCAAUGCCUACAUGAACAGUUGCCUUCAGGCGUUCUACUUUAUUCCCCAGCUUCGGGCGCACAUGCUCAACCACCUGUGCGAUGACGAAUUUUGUCUGUGCUGCGAGCUGGGCUUCCUCUUCCACAUGCUCGACAUCUCGAACGGCGUCAGCUGCGAUGCGAGCAACUUCCUCCGCUCGUUCCGUCACAUCCCGCAGGCGACCUCCCUGCUCGAGCCGGCCGAGCCCGACGCCGAGCGCAUCACCUACGGCAAGCUGGGCCAGCAGUUCCACCUGGUCAUGGUCAACCAGCUCAAUAAGGAGAGCAUGAAGAAGGGCGGCGACGGCCGGCCGUCGCCCCGCACUGCGGGCACGCCGCCGACAAGCGGAGGUGCGUCGCCCACACCUGCGGCGCAGCCGUCGAGCGCGGGAGGCAGCCCGCAGUCACCGCGGAGCGUGGGGCGGUCUUCCGGUGGUGCUCCGCUGGGCGGGAGCGGCGGCAAGGGCGCCGCGGUCUUGGGCGCCAUCGGCCAGGAGAGACGGAACAGCAAACCGCAGCAGUCAUUCACCAAUCCUGGUCUGCUGGACCAGCUGUUCGGGUCGACGUUCCUUCUACGUACGCGGUGCUCGAUGUGCAAUUACUCUGUCGUGCGAGACGUGCGAACGUACUCUGUCGAACUGGCAUUGCCGCCCAAGCAGGGCCAGGCAUGCGACUCGUUCGGAGACACGUUGCGGCACAGCCUCAGUCACGAGUUCACGGCCAACGGGUGGUGCGAAAAGUGCGGCCGAACGCGACGGCUCAUUCAACGAUCACAAAUCAAGCACCCGCCCAACAUCUUCUGCCUCGCGUUCUCGCUCAAGGACGAGCACGUGCAAGAAUGGCAGACGCGCCACGAAGGAGGUGGCGGACCGGACAAGUGGAUUCCCCCACGGUUCAAGCUCAAGAAGGAGAUCAUGGGAGAUUCCGUUAUUGUGGAGGAAUGCGACAGCGACGACCAAUCAGAGAGUGUUGGGGCAGACGUCUAUGAACUGACGUCGGUCGUAUGGCACGUCUACAACCCCAUGGAGCGGGAACCGGCCAAGCGAGGACACCUGGUGGUACACACCAAGGUGCCCCGCUCGUACCAUGAUAAGGAGAACGUCAUCCCGACCGCCGCCGUGAUGCAGCCGGAGAUCGACGAGGCUAGCUUCGCGGAGGAGGCUGAGGUGCCCAACUCCGAUUGGUACCUGUUCAACGAUUUCCACGUCACGGCCACCCUCCCCGAAGAGGCCUUCACCUUCAACCCGCAGUGGAAGGUGCCGUGCCUGCUCUACUACGCACGAGUGGACCUCAACGAUCGUGUACCGGUGAACAAGGUGGUGAGUCCCAUCACCGAGGACGUGCUCUUUGCCGACAACCCAAUGGAACGAGAAGAUCUGCCCAAGGCGGGCGACAUCCUCGCCCUCGACGCCGAGUUCGUGUCCCUACAAACGCUUGGUGUCAUCGUGGGUGGGAGAAGGUGA